CAAGGGAAUAGUUAACUUCCGGUAGAAUCGACGAAGUUUACAUUUUAUCGUCUGAGAUGAAAACAACUUAUAAGAAACCAUGACAUGAUCAACAUUUACUUGUGAUCACUUCAUCUGAGGUGGGACAUGGAUUCCACUGCUCAAAAGAUGGCAAAUAUUGAAGAAAAAAGUACACAAGGAAACAUGGAAAAGAAAGAUGGACAAGACGGUAGGGAGAUGUUGAUGAUACGGUUUCCAUGGCGACGGAACAACAGUUGUCCUGGCAGUCGCAGCGGGGAUGAUGGUACUAAGCCUGGAGAGUACAUACUACAGACACUGUUUCUCGAAUUCUGUAACAUGGCAGAAAAGAAAGUAGAACAAGUGUUAGCUGAACCGCUGGAAAAACCACUAUCAAAGUCCUUACAGAGGGGAGAAGAUGCUCAAUUUGAUCAACUGCUCAACUCCUUUGGUUGUCUGGCUGAGCAAUGUCUGCCUUCCAUUCUGCGCAGUCUUUUCCGAUGGUUUGAACGUCAAAAUCUGAUGGAUGAGUGCUCUCAACCAGACACUCGACAACGGCACAGAAGCAAGGGAAGUAAAGACUUCCUCUGUGAGAGAAGAGAUCUUGCAGUUGAGUUUGUGUACUGCUUGGUGCUGAUAGAAGUUUUAGCUAAGUUGGGUUUCCAUCCCGGACACAAUGAUCUGGUGACAUACAUAAUCACACAGGCUUUCCGACAUUUCAAGUACAAGGAUGGAAUCCAGACCAACCCCAAUUCUGGGAACAUCAGUAUCCUGACUGACCUGUACUCAGAGGUCAUUGGUGUACUUGUCCAGUCAAGAUUCACUGCUGUGAAGAAGCAUUUUAUGUCCGAGUUAAAGGAACUGAAACUCCGCGACCAGACUCCUUAUACCGCCCAGAGCAUCAUCAGUCUCCUCACCAGUCUGAAGUACUUCAAAGUCAAGAUGCACCCUAUAGAGGACUUUGAGGCAUGUGUGAUGUUCAUGCAGGACCUAGGACAUUAUUUCUUGGAGGUGAAGGAUCGUGACAUCAAGCAUGCACUGGCCACCUUGUUUGUGGAUAUUCUCCUGCCUGUGGCCGCGACGGCCAAAAAUGAGGUGAACGUACCAGUGCUGAAGAAUUUGGUGGAUAUGCUGUACACGCCAGCAUUAGAUUUGACAAUGAAGAAAAAACACAUAUUUCACUGUUUCCCUCUUGUGACGUGCCUGUUGUGUGUAAGCCAAAAGACAUUUUUCCUCAACAAUUGGCCCUACUUCCUAACCACACAUUGUUUGUCGCAGCUGAAGAAUAAAGACCAAAAAAUAUCUCGAAUGGCUCUCGACUCGCUGCACAGACUUCUAUGGGUGUACAUGGUGAGGAUAAAGUGUGAAAGUAACACCAUCACUCACAGCCGUCUACAGAGCAUCGUCAGCAGCCUCUUCCCCAGGGGCUCCAAGAUGGUCACCCCUCGGGAUGUCCCUCUCAACUUCUUUGUCAAGAUAAUCCAGUUCAUUGCAAAGGAGAGACAAGACUUUGCUAUGAAGGAGAUCAUAUUUGACCUACUUUGUGUGGGGCGGUCAGCCAAGAUUCUCACCCCGGAGAGGAUGAGUAUUGGUCUGCGAGCAUUCUUGGUCAUCGCCGAUAGCCUGCAACAGAAGGAUGGCGAUCCUCCAAUGCCACAAACUCAGGCCACCCUGCCAUCUGGAGCCACAGUCAGGGUCAAGAGAACGUUUCUAAAUAAGAUGCUGACGGACCAGAUGGCGAAAACCAUAGGCUUGGCCCAGUAUUAUCCACAUAUACUCAAGGCCUUUGAUUCCAUGCUUCAUGCACUGGACCUCCAGGUGGGGAGACAACUCUUGUUAACCAAGUCAGAAAACGUAAACAAGGAGCCAGAUGAGCUGAUGACAGGAGAACGAAAGGCAAAGAUAGAACUGUUCCGAACAUGUAUUGCUGCAAUUCCUCGACUCAUCCCAGACGGGAUGAGCUGCCAGGAACUAGUCGAUCUGCUGACACGACUUACAGUUCAUCUGGACGAGGAGCUGAAAGGCCAUGCAUUCCAAGCCCUACAGAACCUGAUGCAGGAGUCACCUCUGUGGAGGGAACAUGUUGUCAGAGGUUUUGUACAGUUUGUACAGCGAGAUAUCAGUGAUACCAACACACAGCUAUUGGACGGAGCCCUGCGGCUUCUCAUGCAACUCUUGGUCCAGUGGAAAACCAACAUUGUCACUGCUCAACAAAGGGAACGGAUCACUGGAGACGGGUCAGCCCCACUACGGACUCUGCCAGAGGCCACCAACAUUCUCGUCUUACGGGAGGUGGAGGGGCUUUCACUUGCCAUGUUGUGUAGCUGCCGUGUUGUUACACGCAAACUCGCCGCUCUCCUACUAAAGGAGGUCAGGAAUAUCUUCACAUGCUGCCAGGCACAGUACUCUGAGCCUUGCCUGCUAGAGAUGAUCGACAAAGCAUGUCCAGACGUGGUUAAACGACUCCUGCCCUCCCUUCCAGCCUCGGAGAAACCUGUCCUGCUGACCUCGCCAAACAUUGACCUUGCUUGGGUCAUUGACAGGGCAGCCUCAGUCUGGAAUCCUGUUUCCAAGGAGAACAACAUAGAGGAAAGGUCCGAGUCAGUUUUCUCUAAGGUAGACCCCUGGAUGCGGUGCAUAGCCACUUUUGUGUCCAGCGAGUAUGGAAUGACCCUAUGUCCACAUGCAGUGGCUGCUUCCUGGCCAAUUGUCUACACCCGACUGGUCAGCAUGCAUACUCUACUUGACCCAAACAACAUGAUCAAUGAAUUCCGGACAUCGUCCAUCUUGAGGUCAGGAACGUCCAGUAAGAAACCGACAUCAGAGAAAGAUGUACACAUGCAGCUGUGGCAGAACUACAUCAUCUUGGCUUGUUCUGUAGCUCAGAAGGAUAGCCUGAACUCCUUCAGAUGUUCCUCACCUGAGCAAGGCUCGUCUCCUGAGUCUGAGAAGAGUGAUAGUCGCCAAGCCAGUACCAGCUGUACAGACCUGUUCAAACUCAUCAUACCGUUGAUGAAGUGUGAAAACUCGGACAUGAGGGACACUAUUGUCAACGGUCUCGGCUACACCAAUGCAGCUGCCUUUAGGGACCUCAUUGAUGAGUUACUUCCCUUCCUCAAGGAAGCAAUUGAACGUAAACAGGAGACUAAGAACCGUCGUCGUAAGAAGGACACUCUUAGAGUGCAGUUGGCUCAUAUAUUUGAACUGAUGGCUGAGAACAAAACAUUUGCACAGAGUGAGUCAGGUGUGAUUGACACGGACUCUAACUGCCUCAUCAAGACGUUUGUCGAGUAUAUAGACGGUGCCCGCCAGUACCUGGAGAGUGAGAGUGACCGUGAUCUUCCAGUCCUUCAUGAUAUACGCCUGCACUUCAGUCGAUUUGUCCGUGAGCUCAUCGCUCACACACCUGCUGAGAUCAAGAGAAGCCUGCUGACAAGAGACUUGAGGUAUAGCUUGUUUCACCUGUUUGCAACCUGGAGCGGCAAGUUCAGUCACACCAUAGGAGAUACUAUAGAUAGGAGGUUUAGCAAGGAUGAGAGCUGCUCCGAGCUAGAGCUCUCUGCUGUGAGAGCCAUGUCGGCUGUUCUGUGUUGUGGACCAGUUUUUGACCCCAGUGGUCUGAACGAUGACGGAUACAUAUACCAGUGGCUGGACAUGCUACUGAGUUCUCACAAUGACAGGAUUAAGGAGCAGAUCUACGAGCUCGCCAAAGAGACAGUUGUCCUACUGCUAGACUUUAAUCCAGACACUCAGGGGCUUCUCGAUUGGGUCAUAGAUCGUUGUUACACAGGCGCAAAUGAAGUCGCUGAUGGCUGCUUUAAUGCACUUGCAGCUGUUUUCCAAACAAGGGAAUAUCCAUGUGACCAUGUCGCCAUGCUUAACCUGGCCGUCCUGAAUGUGGGCAGUCCGCGAACACAGACACACGAAACUGCUGUACACCUUCUCCAUCUACUGGACACGCGCUUCUUUCAGGAGACGCCAGUCUUUACGGACUCUUCAGAUGAUCAGCGGCAACAAAGUCUGCCGCUGAACGACAUUCUAAUAUCUGUGUCCUACUGCCAUUCCCAGAUGUACUUGUCCGAGCAGUUGGCCCGUGUCCAGCCUGACCUUACAAUGCCCAUGUUUUCAGAGAUAGCCCAUCGAUUCCAGACAGCCAAGCCUGCAGUGCGUCUGAUGUUACUUAAAUAUCUAUUACCAUGGUUACACAACAUGGAACUAAUGGAUCCCUCACUGCCGCAGUCAUCUCCGUUAAAUAAUUUUCUGACGCGACUCCACGACACACACACCGAUACGUUCAAGCCCCCUCUGAAAGGCGAGGGGUGGGGAUCACCAGAGGCGACCAAGAUGGUCCUCAAUAACCUUUUCCAUCUCACUGUUAAGUUCGGAGAUGACCAUCCUAGAGAGGUAGAAGAUCUGUGGUCAUCGCUGGUCAUCUGCUGGCCGAAUAAUCUCAAGGUCGUCAUCCAUUACCUUGUCAUCAUCACCAACAUGGCUGCCUCCGAACUACUGCAAUAUGCAAAGCGAGUGGUGAGCUACCUGGGGCGUGCCAAGCCAGAGCGUCUAGUUGAUGAACUGAUGAAUGAACUACAGACUGUGGAAACACUUAACAUGAGUAUAGAGCGUACACAGACGCCGCCGUUCUUCCGCCUCUCUCAGAUCAAGAAAAGUCUGCUGCAUAUCAACACCACUGACGAUGAAAAGGUGGCCACACAGUUCACUGACCACCCGCUGGAGAAGGGUACACUGCAUACAAAGAGACACAGUGCUAAUGACGACCUGCCUAGCGAAAGCACCCCUCGUACAGAUUCCACCACAUCUCUAAGAAGUUCAUCCAGUGCCUCCUCCAAUCCAGAUCAGUUCCUUAUGGAUGAGGACCUCCACAUGCCUACUAGUAGAGAGCCGAGGAGGAGUGAAUCGCCGAUGCCCUAUCCCUUGCCAAUGCCGGCGUAUGGAGGAUACUUCGCCCCACUCACUGAAUAUCUCCCAGAAAGCCUACACCCCACAGCAGGCUUCCACAGGAGUAACAUAGCAGUAAUGUUUCUGUCCGACCUCGUACUGGACGGGCUGGAAAUAGACUGGUCAGCUCACCUUCCACUCAUGUUACAUGUGAUAUUCCUAGGUUUGGACCAUAUGAGGGGGAUGGUUUAUGAACACUGUAAGAAGCUGUUGGAGAACCUUAUGUUACUGGCCGCGGCCCAGGAACACGAAGGCGUGGCCCGAAUCUUACUGGAGUACCGAAGUAAUAUCACCGAUACUCUCCGCCUCAUCGCCGCGGACGACAAGGACUUACCCACUACAUUAGAUGGUCAAGAGAACGAGUCUGUUGGGAGGUCAACAUUCAGCCUGGACAGUGGUCAAGCUGUGAUGACUCCUGAUGUGUCAACGCCUAUAGAACAGCCUUCUGACCCUGACUCACUGAACACUGUCGACGAGAUUGUUAGGGCUAUCCUGGAUUUCAUGGAUGCCAAACGAGGACGUCCCUUGUGGAGCUGUGAGGACAUCACACCUCGAACGCUCAACACCCAAAGUGCUGUGCGCCUUGAGUAUUUUCUGAAAUGUGUUGUGAAGUGUUUUAAAAAGAUGCAGCCUCUGGCAUUAGUGGAACAAAGAUGGUCCCAAGUGGCGCUCCAGCUGGCCCUGUCCUGUUCCUCCCGCCACUACGCUGGACGCUCGUUCCAGGUUUUGCGGGCCUUGCAUAUCCGGCCUUCUACCCAGAUGCUGUCUGACAUUUUGUCACGUCUGGUGGAGACUGUGGCAGAACAAGGGGAGGACAUGCAGGGCUAUGUGACUGAAAUCAUCCUCACCUUGGAAGCUGCAGUGGACAAUCUUGAUCUUGAAUUUCGCCCUAUGGACUUCAUGCGCGAGUUAUUCAUUUCGACCCCGAACCUUGCAAAAGAAGGGUGUUCAGAAGGAAGGAAGAGUUCUGCAUUAAUGGCUCCGCGCCAGCCCUCGCCACAUCACGCCCGCAGUACAAGUUAUUCCCAGGGCCCAGCUCAUCGAACCGCUCCCCUAGACCUGCGAAUUCGUAGUGGAACUGAGGUGGAGAGCCGCAUGCGGGCCAACAUGCCGAGGUCACGGAGUGCACACUCUCUCAAGAACCUUGACCAGAACGGUACGGAGGACAAAUUGACCAUCAUGUCUCAGAUGUUCUGGAUAGCUGUGUCGCUCUUAGAAAGUGACUUUGAGUACGAAUUCUCACUGUCUGUUAGGCUACUGAAAAAGAUAUUAACAAACAUACAACCGGAGCGACCAGAGUGUCGAGAACGUUUGGAAAAGAUCCAACAACAAAUAAAGUGGACAAACUUUCCAGGGAUCCAGACUCUUUUGUUAAAGGGUUUUACAUCGGGUGCAUUAUCAGAGCUGACCUGGUCCCUGAUGUCUCGCUUGACAGUGUGUAUUGGUGCCCCUGUGGUGGACCCCACAGAAAAUUUGGGUUUCCCGAUGAAUGUUGUUGCCCUCCUGCCGUUAUUGGUGCAGAAUUAUGAGAACCCCAGCCAGAGUUGUCGGGAUGCUGCGGACCAUAUUGCACAGGUGUGUUCCCAGAGAUCUGAUCGCCUCAACAACCUGGGGACUAUCAUGUCCUUAUACAGCCGUGGAACAUUUGGCAAGGACAGUUUCCAAUGGACAAAGUGUGUCAUCAAAUAUCUCCUCGACGUCUAUGUUCAGGCUUCCUUCAGUCUCAUCUCCUUCCUCGUAGAGGUCCUGGAGAAAGGUCCUGGGACAAACCAGUUGUCAGUCUUCCAGAUCCUACAUUGCAUGGUUCACUACAUGGAUAUCAACACGACUCCAGCAUCUUCCCUCAACCCUGAACUUUUCCAUACGAUUUCCAGACAUGUACAGGGUUUCCACUGGAAAGAAGCUCUGAAGAUUCUGAAGUUAGCUGUAGGACGUUCGUCGACACUCACUGCUGCUCCACCAUCGUCCCACACCACUGACGUUGGCACAUUCAUGUCCCACACAUCCUUCGCCGAGGCAGAGGUCAUUACAAGGAAAGAAUUACCAGGACGGACAUUGGACUUUGCUGUAGACUUCAGUGAGGUCGGUAUCAUAGGGAGACGAUACCUAAACACGGAAAUCCAUGGCUCACUGGAUGGUAUCCCAGAGGUCCAGUCCUCUCCAGUCCGGAAAGGAAACCAGGAUCACGACUCUGUCUGGAAAAAACCACAAAAUUCACAGACAAGGGUAAGAGAAAGACUGGCCGAACUGCUGACAUGUUACGGACAGAAACGCCUACCCAAGAGUCCGUCGGAUACAUUUAUUAACAAGGUGAUCUUCAGUCAGUCAAGUGAUACAUUAGAUCACCAGCAUAGUGUGGCCUCUAGUGGAGAGGAGACCUCUAUACCAGAUAAUGCAGCCAGUGACAUUCUGUUGAGUGAGCCUAAUGUCAAUGACAUCAACCUGACCAUCAAAGGCUUUGACUUCCUGGACAAUGAGUUGGAGGAUUCUGAGGAGAAUGAUUUCUAUCCAAGCUUGGACAGACGGCACUCAUUCAACCUAAACUCUCCAGAAAUCGAAAGGGAACGUCACCACCAUUUCGGCAGUGUGCCUGACCUCAAGCUAAUUGGUCACCUGGCCAUUGCAGAAAAGCCAGUGACACCAAGUGACAGUAUCAGUUUAAAAGAGGAGAGAAUCUCCGAUAACGAGAGCGAGAACAUGACACCGGAGGAUGACGGCGUGCCCCAGAAUCUCCCCAUGGGUACAACCAUUACUAUACAAAAUCCGAUGUUGGACGAACGCCGCCAUUCCAGUCCACUAACUACAAGCUCCACUCAUAGUCUACACAGCACAAACAGUGAACUAGAUCUGGUAGAUCUGAGCUCCAGUACGGCAUCCCCGAGUUUCUCUGGUCUUCAGUGCGUUUACUUCUACCUGACGAUGCAGAGUGACGAGGUCGAGGAUGCAUGGAAGACUCACAUGGAUCGAAUAAUGUCCGGAUCAUCCGCCACCCUCAUGUUAAACACCACCCAGAUCUUCCCGAGGUUGUACAAGGAGCUGCGUAGGAGACUGGACACUAUGACUAAAGAAUCAAGUUAUUACAUCGCAAAAACAGAGUCCCUGAAACAGAUUGCCACCUAUUUCCGACAGCUUCUGGAUACCAUGUUUGUCCACAUUGACUGUCCUUACUUCUUCACUGAUAACGAUACGCUGAGUGGAAGUCGAGUGGCGGACAGACACAAGUUUAACCUACUGGAGAUGAAGGAGUGCUUUGAAACCUACUGUAUGAGGAAAGACCAGGCAGAACAGAGUCUAGAAUCCAUCAAGUCUUCCAUCAAACAGCAGUCAUUAGGGGACGGUGGUAACAGUGUUGUCGGCUGUAGCGAGGAACAGAAGUUGGAUCUCUGUCGGAAGUUGUAUCGCCUGAUCUUCCAGCUAGUCCAGCUGUUUGAGAACUACAUCAAGUUGAUGGAGGUGUUCACAAGUGUCCGUGCCUCCCCACAGGUGGUAGAUAUCUCCUCCCAAGUGUCGUCACUCAAGGAGGAGAUUACACAGGCUCUCAGCGAGAUGGAGAAUGGUCAAGACUCACCGGUCAACAUUGACUCCGGAAAAGUUCUGACCAAACAGGAGGCUAUGUCCAGUCUGGCCGAGUACCUCAAUGGUCAGCAACACGUGAAAGCCAUACAGCUACUCCGCUCCUAUAGGUCCCUGUGGCCAAAUGACAUGUUUGGACAGGCAACAGAGGAUGAUGUCACUGUCCUCCUCAACAUAUUCUGUACAUCUCAGGCUGAGAAAAGGACAGGUAUCUUCGCCCUGAUUGGACUGGACGUAGACCUGAACCACAUACACAGUCAGCUGAUGACGAUCAGUGUACAGAUGUCGGGAUGGUCAGUUCUCCCGCUCGGAGUGUCAAAGUCUACACCAGAUCUUAGUCACCUUAGUCUUACAUCGGAUUCAAGCACAUUGUGACUAGAGGAAGUGCCAUCUUCUAGUACGAUGUAAUGAUGUAGGA